AUAUUGGUGGGGGUGGCCCUCCAUUAAAAGCAGAGGAUGUGGUACUUAUAUGCCAAUUCCGCCGGUGAUAUACAAGCCUUAACUUCACCUCCAUCUAUUCUUUUUUAUUUCCCCCCUUCUUUCUAUCUAAUCUACCCAAUUCUCUGUCGCAUUUUAAAAUGUUAACUUCAACACACACUAUUACUAGUUAAUAUAAUAUCUGCAUAUAUUGCUCUGUAUAUAACAACAUUUUUCGUUUUUAUCAAUUAAAAAUGUUGUGUAGAGGAAAUUCAAUAAAAUGCCAGAAAGAUGGAUCGGUUCCUGUAUACCUCAAUGUAUACGAUCUCACUUCCAUGAACGGCUACGCGUAUUGGCUAGGCCUUGGUGUCUAUCACUCCGGUGUACAAGUUCAUGGAGUUGAGUAUGCAUUUGGAUGUCACGAACAAGAAACGACUGGAAUAUUCGAAGGAGAACCAAAGCAAUGCGAAGGAUUUACGUUCAGAAAACAGAUUUUAAUCGGAUGGACAGACAAGAAUCUUAGAGAAGUGAGAGCCAUUAUGGAAGAGCUCGCUGAAGAUUAUAAAGGCAUUGCCUAUAAUCUCAUUACUAAAAAUUGCAACCAUUUUUGCAAUGAUGUCUGUAUUAGGCUCACAAGAAACUCAAUCCCUAGUUGGAUUAAUCGUCUAGCCAGAAUCGGUUUUUUGUGCAAUUGUAUAAUUCCGGCGAGUAUAAGUUCAACUAAAGUUGGAAUUGAUGAAGAUAACAACAACAAAGUGCAUAACCAGCAAGGAGAGAUGAAAAGGCUGAUGAGGAGUCGUUCAAGCAGAUCCUCGUCGUCUAGUUGUUCACCGGUAUCUGAUCAGAAAACAACGUCCUCGUUGAAGACAUCACCUACGGAUGCAGCUCGGACUAGAAGAAGUCAUAGGGUCACAACUUCUCUGCCUCCACCUUCACCUCUGCUUCUAGACUCUCCAAAUUCCUAACACAUGAUUGCUAAUUAAUUCUAUCUUUCUGUGAUCAACUUGUUCUUUUACAUUUUUUUGGUUCCAAGUUUUUAAUUAAUUAAUUUGUCAUGCCUUUUUCCAUA